AUACAUUUCAAAUUUUAUAUUAUAUUAUUUUGCACCCACUGCCAUUCCAUUCAUUACCCAUUUUCAACCGUCAUGGAUUCAAGAGAGAGAGUUGCGCAAUUGUUGUACGCGAACGUGCAAAAUAAUGCAAACCCCAACCCCCCUGCUGUAACCGCUGCAUUGAACCAAGUUCAACCGUUAGCGCCACCUACUCUUACUCCUUUAGACCUUUUAACAGCAAAUAUUAUUAAUUAUCGCAAUUGGCAACAGUUUGACGGAAUGAAAGUGUACAAAUACGCAUGUAUGUUACGAGCUCAAAAUCAGAGACUUAGCUACCCUUUCCACACAAUUACUCAUAUUGCGGUACAGUUGUGGAACAAUUCCGAACCAGAUAACAUAAAACAAGUUUAUAGGGAUAUUGCUGAAGAAACAGCUCGUAUGUACGAAUUUCAUCAUAGACGAAUGAACAAUAAUUAAACAUUGUGCAACUCUUCGCAUUCUAAAUACUUUGACAUAAUACAACAACAUUCCUUGAACAGAACCUAAUUUUUUUUUAUAUAUACAGUCUAACCUCGAUAUACUGAUAUUCGAUAUACCGAUAUACUAUUAAAUUUUAUUUUCCCAUUCCCACUAUAUAUGAGAACAUAUAAAUAUCGG